AGCGCGGGCGGUGGCGGCGGCGCGACCGGGAGCGAGGGCAGGGGUGAGGCGGGCAAAGGGCGGCAGCGCGUAGCGAGACCCACGAAGCGAGACCCAGAGAGAGACUGUCGCGGGCAGGCGCUCCCCCCGCGUCCCCCCGUCCUUCGCCGCCCGGCGGGUCCCGCCCGCCCCCGCCCUCCGGGCCGCGCGUCCUCCGGCCCCGCCGCCCCCGGAGCGGAGGAUGAUGAAGCUCAAGUCCAACCAGACGCGCACCUACGACGGGGACGGCUACAAGAAGCGGGCGGCCUGCCUGUGCUUCCGCAGCGAGAGCGAGGAGGAGGUGCUGCUGGUGAGCAGUAGUCGCCAUCCAGACCGAUGGAUUGUCCCCGGGGGUGGCAUGGAGCCCGAGGAGGAGCCCGGCGUGGCCGCCGUGCGCGAGGUCUGUGAAGAGGCUGGAGUGAAAGGGACGUUAGGAAGAUUAGUGGGAAUUUUUGAGAACCGGGACAGGAAGCACAGGACUUAUGUUUACGUACUCAUCGUCACCGAAGUGUUGGAGGACUGGGAGGACUCUGUCAAUAUUGGAAGGAAAAGGGAAUGGUUUAAGAUAGAGGAUGCCAUAAAAGUUCUGCAGUAUCAUAAACCAGUGCAGGCCUCAUAUUUUGAGACCUUGAGGCAAGGCUGUCUGGCCAACAACGGCACCCCGGUCAUGACCACGCCGUACUCCGAGAGCUCCGUGUCCGACAUCAGAUGACUGACAAGGUCCCUGCGAGAGCAAUUCCCAAAAGCAGACUGAGACCUGGAUUUCCCUCCCCUCCCUGUUUCCAUGCCUCCUCCCUCACACCAGGCAUGGGCAGCCGCCUGGGGCAGAGCAAGUGUUCAGAGUGCUGCGAUUUAGUGCAAGGUGGGAUGAAUUUUUUUUUUUGUUGUUGGCUUUUUUUGCUUUUUUUUUUUUUUUUUUUUUGGGUCUGUAUUUUGUAAAAUACAUUUUGUGCAUGAAGUGCCCCUUUCCUGGUACCUGGAGGCUGCCAGCCCUGCCUCUGCCUUGUGCUCUGAAGUGUCCCAAGUGUCCCCUUCGUGUCACCCCAGCCAGAGCCACUUUUUUUUUGUUUUUUUUUUAAUGGAAAGACUUCCAAUGUGAGAUCAGCUUUUCAAGUCUUAGUCUGUACUGUAAGGUGCUGCUCAGACCCGUGUGGGGAUCACUCGCAGCACAUCUGUAUAAACUUUUUUUUUUAGAUGGAGGAUCUAACAUUUUAAUUUUGCGGGAAUGUUUUUUUUUAAUCCUGCUCUGCUUCUGAAAAAGAAGGGUUCAUAAUUAAUCUGUUUGCCUUUUGUUCUGUUUUUUAAAAACACACACAUUCUGUGACAGUGCUAGUGGCUGGGCCAGUUUACUCCCCAAUCCAGUAUCUCCUGAUUUAGUGCAGUGACACUUGAAGUUGAGGGCAGAGUUUGGAUCACCUGCAGACAUCCCCGCGGCUUCUCCGACGUUUCUGCCUUUCCACCCGAGCAGAACCGCACGGGGCUGGUCUGGAACCGCCGGCCAAAACAACCAGCCUGAGCAGCUGCCACAGCGCCCGGAUGGCGCCGGCUGCAGUGGGAAGCAGGGCUGCAGGGGGGUCGGACAGACAGA